AUGGUCACAUCAGAACCCUUGUUUCAGUGUGAUGCGUGUGGCCGAAGAUAUCGGCGCAAAGAACAUCUUACUCGACACGCUAGACGCCAUGUUCAAACGCAGCCCUUUGGCUGUUCUUUUUGCGACAAAGUGUUUUCUCGAAAUGACACUCUACGCCAACAUAUCCGCAUAAACCACAAGAACCAAGAAAUAUCCCAGAGCCGUGCCGCCCAAGCAUGCAAUUACUGUCGGUCGCGGCGAUCAAGAUGCCAGGGGACACCAUGUGAAGCGUGCGUGAAACGUGGUAUCCAAUGCUCCUUCACACGAUCACCUCCAGGCCCCGGACACGCUCCCUCAACAAAUUUGGGUCCUAUUCGGAGAUCGGAAUCGAUUGAGAAAAGUCCUUCGAGAACAUUACCAUAUAUCCAGGCUUACUUUGAGAAAUUUCACCCAAGAUGGCCAUUUAUCCACCGAGCAACGUUCAGCCCACAUAAUGAGCCAGCCUUCCUCCGACAGUCCGUCGUCAUGAUAGGCUUAUGGUUAACCGGAGAAAGCAAUGCCCAACAAGCAGCGGUGGAACUACAUGAGAAGCUCACCUUAUCCAUCAACCAACAAAGGGUUACUCAAACUCGCCAUCUCACCUCAUCCAAAUGGCCAAUGGUAACCUACCAAGGCAUACUCCUAAAUCUCAUCUUCGCGAUGCUAAAAGGCACCCAAAACCAAGUCGGCCUUGAACUAACCCAUACACUCCCCGAAAUCCCCUCGCAGCUCCUAGCCGCCCUCGUCCAAAGCUGUCUGCAGCAAGACAUGCUCUUCUACCCUUCAAUAGUCGCCCAUCUCAACUCCACCCCUGUCCCGGAUGUUUUUAUCUGGGUCGGUAUAGAGGAAGUCAAGCGUUUCGCUCUGGCCUUGUAUAAGGUCUGUCGACGGUGUCGGGUUCAGGACCUUCGGGCGUCGGAUGGUGGGAUGAGGGGCCAUGAAUCAUGUCUACGGAGUAGGAGUAUUCUUUCUUUGGCUGAUUUGCGGUUUUCGCCGCCCGAUAGUGAUGAGUUAUGGGAGGCUGAGUCGAAUCUGGCGCCGCGGGUGGCUGCGAAUGAGGAUGUUUUUCGUGAGAGGAAUAUGGAGAGGAACUGGAUAUGUCAGACGGCGAGGUUGCUGCAACCUGAUGAUGCGGAGUUUGAUUGGAUUUAA